AUCGUAGGCACUUGCAGCGAACGGUCACACUGUGCGGCGGUUGGGGGCGGAAUUGAAUUUAUUUGCAAACAAAAAUCGAAACACGGGAGCACGACGUUAGCUCUGUGUCCAAAGCGCCUGUGUGAAAGUAUUCUGAUUCGCCUGCCGUGAAAGUGUUUUCCGCAAUUUUCCGCAUCCGCAUCCCCACAUUCGCAUCACAAUGGCUGCGCACUUUUUCCGCACUGCAUUUUACGCAACGGCGGCCAGAAAAUCGAUGAGUCUGCCCUUCGCCGGCCGGACAGCCGCAACUCUAGCCGUGGGCCUAUCAUUCGGUGCACAAAAUAGCCGGGCAGCCGUGCCGUACGAGAAUGCCUACGCGGACAGCUUCUUCGGGGGCUGCCAGACGCAGGGAUUGCUCCAGCGGGUUCCCCACACCGGACACAUCCAGCCCCCGCUGAUCCGGAACUUCUCGAGCCUGCAGACGGGCCACCAGCAGCAGCAGCCGGCUCCAAAUAGCGCCAUGGCCCCGUCGAACAAUCGCCGGUACCUAUCCUCGCAGGAUAUUACCAAGAACAUGACCCUGUACACCAGCACCAAGACUCAAGUCGAGGUGGAUCCCAAGACGCUGGCCUUCAAGAAGCCAACUGGCAACCCACUGUGUCUCAUGAUGGCCUGGCUGAUGGCCAAGCAGAAGCAUCUGAAGAAGUACGCCCAGAUCUACACUGAGAUGGGAUUCGACGUGGUGGUGGUGCACAUCACGCCAUGGCAGUUGCUCUGGCCGGUCAAGGGAACCCAGGUGGUGGCCGCCGAGACCAUACGAUUCCUGGAGAACAACAAGUCGUAUGAGCCCAUCGUUAUGCAUGGCUUUUCCGUGGGCGCCUACCAACUGGGCGAGAUCAUGCUGCAGAUGUCGCGCGACAUGGAUCGCUAUGGCAGCAUCCUGGACCGCUUCGUGUGCCAGAUUUGGGACAGCGCCGCCGACAUCACCGAGAUCCCGGUGGGCGUGCCAAAAUCGAUUUUCCCGAGGAACGAGCGCAUGCAGAGCGCCCUGCGCAACUAUACGCUGUACCACAUGAAGACAUUCCACAACCAGGCCACCAUCCACUAUAUGCGCUCCAGCCAGAUGUUCCACUCCACACUGGUCAAGGCCCCGGCGCUGUUCUUUGUGUCCGACAACGAUCCCAUCGGCCCGCCAUCCUCCAACCACGCCGUGCGCGAGGACUGGGAGCGUGCGAACAUCAAGGUUACGUUCAAGUGCUGGGAGCGUUCCCAGCACGCUGCACACUACAUACGGCAUCGCGAGGAGUAUCUGCAGACGCUCUUCCAGCAUCUGGAGGCCUGCGGUGUUUUGGAGGCCAUCGGAGUGCCGAAGCGCGCCAAGUUGUAGAUGUCUCUAGCGAGGAACCGCUGAUGAGUUCAGUGAUAUACAUUUAUUCAAGAAUCAACGCGAUUAUGAUUUUACCCUAGUUGUUAAGACCUAAAGAUUAACGAGAAAUGUAAAACCAAUGUCCUCUUUGAAUGAUUAUGAUCUGUGUGUCUUUCGCGAGGCAGAAUCUUCAAAAGCCCGCACGGGAAAUUCCUAGGCUAAGCUUAAAGUCGUAUUUUAUCAACUGAGAGAAAAAUGCACUACGCCUCUAUAUUGUUAUAUUUUGAGAUCGCUGCAAAACGGCUAAAUAAAGUAAUUUAAAUGAUAAAAAAAAAA